CUCUGCCUUUCUUCUUCCGCCUAUGUGGUUCUUGGUCAUCACACGUUGUUCUAUCCAAAAUCCCCUGUCCUUGUUCCCCUCGAAUAACAAAAGCGAGGCAGCCGGCCACUAGAAGAACAACACCCGUUGCCCACUCCCUCCAAUCUCUCUCUCCAUCACCCAAUUUCGCGUCGGCUUCUUCCUCCGACGCCCCAAGAGAGAAAGCCGAGCGUCUCUUGAGCUCAUACGUGCUCGCGCGCGCGUGCACGUGCACAGCUGACAGCGACAGGUACCGCCGUCUUCCAUGGCGGCGUGCUACCGGCAGGCCCUCGCAGCCGCUCUGGUGGCGGCGGCGGCGGUCGCCGGGCUGCCGGCGGCGGGGGCGCUCGGGGUGAACUGGGGCACGAUGGCGACGCACAGGCUGCCGUCGGACAUCGUGGUGCGGAUGCUGGAGGACAACGGCAUCAGGAAGGUGAAGCUGUUCGACGCCGACCCCGGGCCGAUGGACGCGCUCGCCGGCAGCGGCAUCGAGGUGAUGGUGGGCAUCCCCAACAACAUGCUGGACAUGAUGACGGACUACGGCACGGCCAGGGACUGGGUGCACCAGAACGUCAGCCGCUACAACUUCGACGGCGGCGUGAACAUCAAAUACGUAGCCGUUGGGAAUGAACCCUUCCUGUCGUCUUUCAACGGCACGUUUCUGAACGUCACGCUGCCCGCCCUGCAGAACAUCCAGCGCGCGCUCAACGACGCCGGCCUCGGCGAAACCAUCAAGGCCACCGUGCCGCUGAACGCCGACGUGUACAACUCCCCGACGAGCAACCCCGUCCCGUCCGCCGGCCGGUUCCGCGCGGACAUCGCCGACCUCAUGACGGAGAUCGUGCAGUUCCUCAACCAGAGCGGCGCGCCCUUCACCGUGAACAUCUACCCGUUCCUGAGCCUCUACGGCAACGACGGCUUCCCGCUGGACUACGCCUUCUUCGACGGCACGAGCAGCCCCGUGGUGGACACCGGCAGCGGCAUCCAGUACACGAACGUGUUCGACGCCAACUUCGACACGCUCGUGUCCGCGCUCGGCGCGGCGGGCGUCGGCGGCCUCCCCGUCGUGGUCGGCGAGGUCGGCUGGCCGACCGACGGCGACAAGCACGCCACCGCGGCGUACGCGCAGAAGUUCUACGCGGGGCUGCUGCGGAAGCUGGCGGCCAAGGCCGGCACGCCGCUGCGGCAGAGCCAGUACAUCGAGGUGUACCUGUUCAGCCUGAUCGACGAGGACGCCAAGAGCGUGGCGCCGGGCGACUUCGAGCGGCACUGGGGCAUCAUGCGGUACGACGGCCAGCCCAAGUACCCGAUGGACCUGUCCGGGCAGGGCGGGAACACGGCGCUGGUGGCGGCGCGCGGGGUCCAGUACCUGCCCCGGCAGUGGUGCGUGGUGAACCCGAACGCGCCGGACCUGGGCAAGAUCGGCGACAGCGUGACCUACGCGUGCACCUUCUCCGACUGCACCGCGCUCGGGUAUGGCUCGUCGUGCAACGGCAUGGACGCCGUCGGCAACGCGUCGUACGCGUUCAACAUGUACUUCCAGACGCAGAACCAGGUGGAGGGCAGCUGCGACUUCCAGGGCCUCGCGGCGCCGACGGCGCAGAACCCGUCCACGGACACCUGCAACUUCACCAUACAGAUCGCGGUGUCGGCGGCCGCGGGGAGGCGGCGGCGCGCCCCGGCGGCGAUGGCGCUGCUCCUCUUGGUUCUUCGUGGUGUCCUGCAGGUUGCUCUGUGACUGGCGUGUGGUGCUGACGGCUAGAGGAGGGGAUCUCGCCUGUAAAGAUUUUUGUUCGGUUUUUGUAGAUAAUCUCGUGUUAUCAGAUCAUUCUGAGGUCCAUAAUGUAAUCCCUUUCGAUUUAAGGGACGUAUAUAUAUACGUAAGAAAUAUUGAGGUCCUAAUUGAUGCUUGUUCAAACUA